AUGGCCUCAAUCACGAUACGACCAGGCACACCCGCCGACGCAGCCUCGAUUGCAAAAGUGCAUUAUCGCGCGCAGGGGAGGUAUCAUGGGUUUUACGGGGCGUUUUUCGUGAAUAGCCCGAGGGAGAUUUUGAUGCGUGGGACGGAGAGUGCGGUGCGGAAGGGGGGGAAUGUGUUUUUGGUUGCUGUUGAGGGGGGGAGUGGGAGGGUUGUUGGGUUUGUGAGGUAUGUUGUUAGGGGGGAGGGGGAGGAAGAGAAGGGUGUUGAUGGGGUGAAGAGUGAUGAGGAAGAGAGAGUUGAUGCGUCGUCAUUGUUUGCGGUGAAGGAGCAUUUGAAGGGGUUGUGGGAGGAGUUUGAUGGGAAGCAGGUUGCUAUGGAUGAGUGUUAUGAGAGGGCGGCGAAUGGACAAAGACACAUCUAUAUCAACCACCUGAUGAUCGACCCAUCAUAUCAACGCAAGGGCAUCGGCGGACGACUCCUUGCCGCAGUGUUGGAGAGGUGUGAUAAAGAGGGGAUUCCAGCGUUUUUAAUGUCGUCUGCUGAGUCGAGGGGGUUGUACGGCAAGAUGGGGUUUGAGAGUCUGGGGACGUGGAGGGUUGAUAAUGGGGUUUGGGCGGGGAGGAUUGCGGAGGUUGAGAGGGCGUUGGGAUUGAAUGGGAAUGAAGGGCUGAGUGAGGAGUUUAGGGGGGUUGGGGAGGUUGAGGAUGUCAUGGUGAGGUGGGCGAGGUGA